CCGAAAGGAGAUUUGGGGAGCUAGGACCCAAACCGUCAGGACGUGGCAUUGGCCGAGAGAAAGGAACUGCCGCCGGCACUGGGAACGCAUUUAUUCUUUGGGUGGAAAGGAAGGGAGAGAGGAGCGGGCUGGGGAGGAAGAGAGAGUUCCAGCCGAAGUGGAUGGAAGGGGACCGGGGUUUCUGCCGCGCUGGGAGCCGCGAGCCGGGGCGAUGGCGCUAAAGACGGCGCGGAGCAGCUGCGCUCCCGGGAACGCGUCUCCUCGCGGAGGACUAGCCGGCGUCGGGAAGGUCUGCGCGAAGAGAGACCAACUUGUGGCUCCAGAAUGUACCCGACGCAGCUGGAAAUGAGAUCAAAGCUGCAGUUUCAUUCGAGAAGGAUGAGAGGAGGCAACGACUAGGGAUUUUUUUUUUUUUUUACCUCCUUCGUUCCAUGUUCUAUUUUGUAUCUUCUUUCCUUAUUAUUAUUGUUUUAUUUGCCUAACAAAACACCCCGUCGAGCCCCUCACUUCACCCUCCCCAUUUGAAAUAAAAGCCCAAUUUGAACUUCUUUCAUCGCGGCGCCCCCAGGAUCCGCUGCCCGCUGAUGGAGGAGAAGGGGACCCGGUGGCUGGCAGGGGCCGCCGGCGAGGGACCGCGUCACGCGUCUCCCCCGUGAUCCCGGCCCUGAUCCUGGAGUUCUGCUACACCUGGAGGAUCUGGACCGGGUGCUAGGGGUGGGGGCGGGGACAGAGGAAGCGCAAGCCACCCCGAGCCUUAAAGAAAAAAAAAGAAGUAGCGGGGGGAGGAAUGGAUUUCUUCUUGACAGCUGACGGAGCCUUGAAAUUUUCCUUCACUACCUCCGCCCCCGCCCCCGUCCCCGCCCCCCCGCACUCCAUUUAACGUGAGAUUAUGAAAUUGCAGAGGCGGUGGAGGGAAGGAGACAGGAUAUAACAGAGAGUUUGGAGGGAGAGGGGAAGGUGGCUGGCCGGGUGGCUGAAAUCAAAAAUCCAAUUGCGCACUGGGUUGUGAUGAGAAAUCUAAUCAGAUCUUUGGAGAAGGGGCCGGCCGGAAGGGCGGCGAUUGGGGGGAGUUGAUCCCCAAAUUCUUCGAGGUCGGGGCUGGGGAGAGGAAUCGGCGAUGUAAAAGGAGACUUUUUCUUUUUUUCUUUUCUUUUCUUUUUUUUUUUUUUUUUUGGUGGCGGUGGCUGUUGGGUGCGUGGCGAAAAUGAACGAUGCGGGACGCAGCUCUCUCCUGGAACCGAACGCAGUGGAUAAACUGAUUGUGCAAGAGAGAAGGAAGAACGAAGCUUUUUCUUGUGAGACCUGGAUCUUAACACAAAUGUGUAUAUGUGCACACAGGGAGCAUUGGAAAAUGAAAUAAACCAGUGUCAGACCCGCGGGGGUUGGUGUGUUCUGACAUAAAUAAAUAAUCAUAAAACAGCUGCCCUCCCCCUCCCCAAAAGGAUGAUUGGAAAUGGAGAAACGAGGAUCCACAAAGGAAAAGUAUGUUCAUUUUUUUCUGUAAAGGAGAAAGUAAGCCAAGGAGAUAUUUUUGGAAUGAAAAGUUUGGGGCUUUUUUUAGGAAAGUAAAGACUUGAUAUGGUGAUGUUUUCUUUUCUUUUUGAAUUUCCCACAAGAGGAGAGGGAAUUAAUAAUACAUCUGCAAAGAAAUUUCGGAGAAGAAAAGUUGACCGCGGCAGAAUGAGGCAUUGAUUGGGGAAGAGAAGCCAGCAGAGCACAGUUGGAUUUGUGCCUAUGUUGAAUAAAAUUGAUGGAUAAUUGCAGUUGGAUUUUUCUUCAUCAACCUCCUCCCCCCCCCCCAUUUUUUUUUCUUUCUGGGGUCAAGAUCAUGCAUUUUUCCGCUUGUUCUUAACCACCUGGAUUUCCAUCUGGAUGUUGCUGUGAUCAGUCUGAAAUACAAUCACCAAACUGAGGCUGAGAGAGAGGGGACUUACCCAGAGUUACUCAGCUAGUCAGUGGCAGACAACAGUGGAACUUGCGGAGAUUCACAGAAGAGGCACUGUUUAUUGAGAUGAGAAAUUUGGGAGAAGUCAUUACACAGGUGCCCAAUCCAUGAUAAGCCAGUUGAGUGGGGUUUAUACUGGGUAACACAAGCUUUGGAAUUCCUCUUUGUGCCAGAAGAGUUGCGGAAAAUUAUUUGAACUCCAGAAGGACCAACACCAGAUAAAUUAUGAAUGUUGAACAAGAUGACCUUACAUCCACAGCAGAUAAUGAUAGGUCCUAGGUUGAACAGGGCCUUAUUUGACCCCCUGCUUGUGGUGCUGCUGGCUCUUCAGCUUCUUGUGGUGGCUGGUCUGGUGCGGGCUCAAACCUGCCCUUCCGUCUGCUCCUGCAGCAACCAGUUCAGCAAGGUGAUUUGCGUGCGGAAAAACCUACGUGAGGUUCCAGAUGGCAUCUCCACCAACACCCGGCUGCUGAACCUCCAUGAGAACCAAAUCCAGAUCAUCAAAGUGAACAGCUUCAAACACUUGAGGCACCUGGAAAUCCUACAGUUGAGUAGGAAUCAUAUCAGAACAAUUGAAAUUGGGGCCUUCAAUGGUCUGGCAAACCUCAACACCCUGGAACUCUUUGACAAUCGUCUUACGACCAUCCCAAAUGGAGCUUUUGUAUAUUUGUCUAAACUGAAGGAGCUCUGGUUGCGAAACAACCCCAUCGAAAGCAUCCCUUCUUAUGCUUUUAACAGAAUCCCUUCUUUGCGCCGGCUAGACUUAGGGGAAUUAAAAAGGCUUUCGUAUAUCUCAGAAGGUGCCUUUGAAGGUCUGUCCAACUUGAGGUAUUUGAACCUUGCCAUGUGCAACCUCCGAGAAAUCCCUAACCUCACGCCGCUCAUAAAACUAGAUGAGCUGGAUCUUUCUGGGAAUCAUCUGUCUGCCAUCAGGCCUGGCUCUUUCCAGGGGUUGAUGCACCUUCAAAAACUGUGGAUGAUACAGUCCCAGAUUCAAGUGAUUGAACGGAAUGCCUUUGAUAACCUUCAGUCACUGGUGGAGAUCAACCUGGCACACAACAAUCUAACAUUACUGCCUCAUGACCUCUUCACACCCUUGCAUCAUCUAGAACGGAUACACUUACAUCACAACCCCUGGAACUGUAACUGUGACAUACUGUGGCUCAGCUGGUGGAUAAAAGACAUGGCCCCCUCCAACACAGCUUGCUGUGCCCGGUGUAACACCCCUCCCAAUCUGAAAGGGAGGUACAUUGGGGAGCUUGACCAGAAUUAUUUCACAUGCUAUGCUCCUGUCAUUGUGGAGCCCCCAGCAGACCUCAAUGUCACUGAAGGCAUGGCAGCUGAGCUGAAAUGUCGGGCCUCCACGUCCCUGACUUCUGUAUCUUGGAUUACUCCAAACGGAACAGUCAUGACACAUGGGGCGUACAAAGUGCGGAUAGCCGUGCUCAGCGAUGGCACGUUAAACUUCACGAAUGUAACCGUGCAAGAUACAGGCAUGUACACGUGUAUGGUGAGUAAUUCUGUUGGAAAUACCACUGCUUCAGCCACCCUGAAUGUUACUGCAGCAAACACUACUCCCUUCUCGUACUUUUCAACCGUCACAGUAGAGACUAUGGAACCUUCUCAGGAUGAGGCAAGGACCACAGAUAACAAUGUGGGUCCCACUCCGGUGAUCGACUGGGAGACCACCAACGUGACCACCUCUCUCACGCCACAGAGCACAAGGUCAACAGAAAAAACAUUCACCAUCCCCGUGACUGAUAUAAACAGUGGGAUCCCAGGAAUCGAUGAAGUCAUGAAGACUACCAAAAUCAUCAUUGGCUGUUUUGUAGCCAUUACGCUCAUGGCUGCAGUGAUGCUGGUCAUCUUCUACAAGAUGAGGAAGCAGCACCAUCGGCAAAAUCAUCAUGCCCCAACGAGGACUGUUGAAAUCAUUAAUGUGGAUGAUGAGAUUACAGGAGACACACCCAUGGAAAGCCACCUGCCCAUGCCUGCUAUUGAGCAUGAGCACCUAAACCACUACAACUCCUACAAAUCUCCCUUCAACCACACAACAACAGUUAACACAAUAAAUUCAAUACACAGUUCAGUGCAUGAACCGUUAUUGAUCCGAAUGAACUCUAAAGACAAUGUCCAAGAGACUCAAAUCUAAAACAUUUACAGUUAUGAAAAACAAACAAUCAAAAAAAAAGACAGUUUAUUAAAAAUGACACAAAUGACUGGGCUAAAUCUACUGUUUCAAAAAAGUGUCUUUACAAAAAAAAAAACAAAAAAGAAAAGAAAUUUAUUUAUUAAAAAUUCUAUUGUGAUCUAAAGCAGACAAAAUUAUGUGUAUUCCUCAGAACCUGUUUUUGCUGCACUUAUUUACUAUUUUCCCACAUCUUGUCCCUGCCUUUCCCAAUCGCCAUAUUUUUCAUAGGAGAUCUCAAUUCCCUAAAGAACUGGUCUAGGAAAUUUUGUAAGAAUUCUGUUACACUUUGAGAUUUUUAUGGUGAAUUCUAGUGGUGAGAGCCAGUCUAUUUUGUCUUUCUUUUUUUUCCUCUGUCUUUUCUUUUCCCCCUCUCAUGCCCUUAUGAAGCAGUCCAAUGGGGAAUGCAAUAUUAGAAAUAGAUUUUUAAGAGAGAACAAGGAAAAAAUGCAAGAUCUUAUAUUUUUCAUGUAAUGACCUGUUCUGUAUUUAUGAGGAGGACCAUUCAAUGGAAAACAAAAAGUAAGCAAACAACAGAUUAAUUUACAUAUGAACAUCUAUAAAACCCAUGAUCUUUUAAACAAAUCUAGAACCUGAAUUUGUAGUUCAAAAGCUAAAAAUAAUAUUAUAAAUAAAAUAUUGUUGGUUUUUCUGUACCUGGACACAACUCAUUUGUAGUAUGGCUCAAAUGUGAGAAACUUGAAGGUAAUUAGAUUUCCUACUUUCUAAGAAAGAUAAUAUUAUAGUAAUCUCCAAUCACAGCACCAAUCUCUACAGGGUCCUGUUUCAUUGGAUGACUUGAGUUUCUGAUCUAUAUUCAAGGAUGCUGUGGUGUUU